AUGGUGUGUGAGAAAGCCACGUACAUCUCCGAUACCAAUUACAUGUUUACAACCAUGUUUGUGGAGAAACAGAACCAGGAUGGUCAGAAGGAGCAACAGACCAGUGUAUAUAGUACAUUAGAAAGUUCACAGAAAUCAGCUCCUUCAUCACCUCUUCCUCCUCGAUCUCCUAAGGUCAGCACAAAGUUUUCAGACGGGUUUACAUUUAGUGGACCGGCGCCGGAGAGAAUGAACGGCAGGCUAGCAAUGGUGAGCUUUGUGGCGGCUCUAGCAGUCGAACUAUCCAAGGGCCAAGAUGUGUUUGCUCAGUUAUCCAACGGCGGAAUCCCAUUGUUCCUUGGCACCAGUAUUUUGCUAUCAGUGGCAUCUUUGAUUCCAUUGUUGAAGGGUGUGACUGUAGAGUCCAAAUCAAAAGGGUUGAUGACCUCAGAUGCUGAGGUAUGGAAUGGAAGAUUGGCCAUGUUGGGGCUGGUAGCUCUGGCCUUCACCGAGUAUGUGACAGGAGGGACCCUAGUGUAA